CGCAGAGUCAACUUGGAGCCGCCCAAUGGGAUCCCAACCGGGAAAAUCCGCCUUGCUCUCCCUCCUCCUCCUCCUCCUCUUGGCCGCUCUGAUCCUGCCAUCCCUGGAGAAAUCCCUUCCCGCCGGCUACCGGGAGCACGAGGAUCCCCGGGAAUCCCCGGGAUUGAUCCGGUGCGGCGAGUACAGCAACCAGGUGCUGCCGGACGGGCGGUGCCGCGUCGUGGCCACGCUGCCGCAGGGCGACGAGCAGCGCUGCCCGGACCUGUUCCGCUGCACCGACGAGGUCUCCUACUGGCUCCACGAGAACGAGGAGCGCAAGCAGCAGAUCCUGGAGCUGCGGGAGCUCAUCUCCGAGCUCCAGGAGGAGCUCCGCAACCACCGGCACCGGCUCAAGGCCCUGGAGAUACAGCAGGAGGAGGCGUCGGGGCAGAACCGGAGCCUGCUCCAGAGGCUGCAGGACCUGGAGCAGCAUUCCCGGGAAUCCAGCACGCUGCAGCACAUCCAGGCCACGCUGCUCUACGACAUCCAGGCGCAGAUCAACAACAUCUCGGCGCUGGCCGACUGGGCCUGGAGGAACCCCAGCUGCCUCCACGCCGGCGCCGACAUCCGCGUCCAGGAGGAGAUGCGGCAUCCAGAAAUCAAACACAGCCGGAAUUGUCCCAUCGACUGCGCUUCCGUCUACUCCAACGGGCUCCGGAGAUCCGGGAUUUACAGCAUCCUGCCCUCGGUGCGCGGAAUUCCCAUCGAGGUCCUCUGCGAGAUGGACACGGAAGGGGGUGGCUGGACCGUCAUCCAGAGGCGCCAGGACGGAUCCGUGGAUUUCAACCGGACCUGGAACGAGUACAAGGAAGGAUUUGGGGACCUCAACGGGGAAUUCUGGCUGGGCAACGACAACAUCCACAGGAUGACCAGCCAAGGGGAUUAUUCCCUACGGAUCGACCUGGAAGAUUGGAAUAACAAACACAAACACGCCUUCUACCAGGUCUUCAGCAUCGAGGACGAGGAAAACUUCUACCGGCUGCACGUGGACGGGUUCAGCGGCACCGUGGAGGAUUCCUUCGCCUGGUACCACGACAAGAGGAGCUUCAGCACGCCGGACUCGGGCAACAUCUGCGCCGAGAUCUCGCACGGGGGCUGGUGGUACCACCAGUGCUUCUUCUCCAACCUCAACGGCGUCUACUACAAGGGCGGCCGAUAUUCCAUCAAGAACCGGAAGAUGCUGGGCCCGGAUGGGAUCGUGUGGUAUUCCUGGAAGGACACGGACUACUAUUCCCUGCGGAAGGUGGUGAUGAUGAUCCGGCCGCGCGCGUUCCGGCCCCACCUCUCCCCGUGAGGUGUCCCGGGACCUUCCCCUCUUCACAUCCCGCGAAACGGCGGGAAUGGAGGGACGGGAAACGGAUUCGGGACGGACCAAGCCAGAGCUGUUGGGUUUUGUGGGAAUGGAUCCAGCCGGGAUCCAACAGGGAAUUAAUCUGAGGGCUCCAACACUGAAGAUCUCCUGGGAUUGUGGAGGUGAUUCCUGGGAAAGGAAUGGAUCCAAUCAGGCUCCAAAGGGGAAUUCAUCCGAGUCCUCCAAUGUGGGACAUCUCCUGGGAAUGUGGAGGUGAUUCCUGGGAAGGGAAUGGAUCCAACCGGGAUCCAACAGGGAAUUAUCCGAGUCGUCCAACAUUGGAGAUCUCCUGGGAUUGUGGAGGUGAUUCCUGGGAAAGGAAUGGAUCCAA